GGAGACGGAGAGAGAUCUGUCCAUCCGAUCCACAGCAAUGUUUGCUGCAGCAGCAGUUGGUUCUGUUGCGGGUUUCUCAUUCCACAGCAGCAGCGAUGGAAGCGCUUUCAAUCCUUCCAUAAAUCCAUCUGCCUUCUGUUGCUGCUGCUGCUACUCUCUCAAACAGUCCUCCGCAAUCUCUUCUCUCAAACGGCUCGCGUGCACCUCGAGAUUAGCCGUGUCCGGAGGCAGCAGCAGCAGCAGCACCGGCAGCAAUGCCAACAUCGAAGGCCUCGAGCAAGAAGUCGAUGAGGAUCAGCAGGCGGCUGAUGCUGCUGUCCGGCUGACUCGGAGGUCUGCUGAUUGGAAGCUGGCGGGGGCUUAUAAAGAUAGUGGAGACAUCUACGAGGGUAGGAUUGAAGGCUUCAAUGGUGGUGGUUUGCUGGUUCGAUUUCAUUCGCUUGUGGGCUUUCUCCCAUAUCCUCUACUGUGUCCUGACCAUUCAUAUAAAGAACCUCGAAGAAACAUUCAAGAGAUUGCAAAAGAUCUAAUCGGUUCAUUUAUUUCUGUGAAGGCAAUCCAAGUGAGUGAGGAGAAGAGAAAGUUGAUCUUCUCUGAAAAGGAUGCCAUUUGGUCAAGGUUUUCAGGCCAAGUAAAUAUAGGGGAUGUUUUUGAGGCAAGGGUGGGUUCUGUGGAAGACUAUGGUGCCUUUGUUCACCUUCGCUUUCCUGAUGGUUGUUAUUAUCUCACUGGACUUGUACAUGUUUCGGAGGUAUCUUGGGAUUUGGUUCAAGAUGUUAGAGAUAUCCUAAAUGAAGGGGAUGAUGUUCAAGUCAAAGUUAUUCAAGUGGAUAGGGAGAAGGUGAGAAUUACCUUAUCAAUUAAACAGCUGGAGGAUGAUCCUCUUCUAGAGACGCUGGACAAAGUUAUUCCUCAGCAGGUCGAGUCUGAUAAUUCGAGCAUGCCAGAUAAUUUGAGCACUGAAUCUCUUCCAGGUCUUGAAAGCAUCUGUGAAGAGCUUCUACAAGAAAAUGGUAUUACUGGUGUAAGAAUUGGCCGUAAAGGAUUCGAGAAGCGUGUGGUUUCACAGGACUUGGAGCUUUGGCUUUCAAAUGCACCAGUAGAGGACAAACAAUUCACACUCCUUGCUAGAGCUGGCAGAGAGGUCCAGGAAGUACAUCUGACAACCGAUCUUGAUCAGGAUGGCAUCAAGAAGGCAGUACAACGAGUAUUAGCACGCAUCCCAUGACUUCAUACAUGAUACAAAUGCAGGUCAGAUUUCGGCAUGAAGAUCUGUGGCUGCUGCUUUCUGAUUAUCCACUCAGAGUAAGACCGAAAAUUUGUAUUCCUACCACAUGCCUAUACUGUAAAAAAGUAACAUUGAUUCAAACUAGCCAGCAUUUCUUGUAUAUUGUGUCAAUUGAGUAAACUAUUUUCAUUGAAACCACCA